AUGACAGCUGCACAGAAACGUCUUGGUCAAGUUUCCGGCCACUUGGCUGGCUCACAGAGCGCUAUUGCACCCACAGAGGGUGACAGUGGUCGCGCGAAGCUUUUGGAGAAGCAUCCGGAUGAUGUUGUCGUAACAGCCUGUCUCCGUACCGCAUUCACAAAGGGAGGUAAAGGAGGAUUCAAAGAUACACCAGCGGCAGAUCUGCUCGUUGGCGCACUCAAAUCCCUCAUCGAGCGAUCGAAAAUCGACCCUGGACUGGUAGAGGAUAUAGCUGUUGGAUCAGUGCUUCCUCCUGGGGGUGGAGCUACUGAAUUCCGUGCGGCUGCUUUGGCUGCAGGAUUCCCUGUUUCUGCAGCGGUUAGAAGUUUGAACAGACAAUGUUCAUCGGGAUUACAAGCAUGUGUAGAUAUCGCAAAUGCGAUCAAGUCUGGCAUGAUUGAUGUCGGUGUUGGUGCAGGUGUUGAGAGUAUGAGUUUACAAUAUGGACCUGGCGCUGUAACAGAAUUCUCCGAACUCCUUGAAUCCCACCCUGAAUCUGUAAAUUGCAAGGUGUCUAUGGGAGUCCUCUCCGAGAAGAUGGCGAAAGACAAGGGCGUUCCCCGUUCUCUACAAGAUGCAUUCGCAGCUUCUUCAUACCAAAAGGCACUCAAGGCUCAACAAGAUGGACUUUUCGACGAGGAAAUUGCUCCUUUAACCGUCAAAUGGGAGGACCCGAAAACUGGUGAAACAAAGGAGAUUACUGUUGCCAAGGAUGAUGGUAUUCGACCAGGUAUUACCGCUGAAAGCUUAGGCAAGAUUAAGCCUGCUUUCGCAAAGGAUGGUAGUAUCCAUGCCGGAAAUGCUUCUCAAAUCUCGGACGGAGCUGCCGCAGUUCUUUUGAUGAGGCGCUCUACAGCUGAGAAACUCGGCCAAACUAUCCUUGGUAAAUACAUUGCCGCAUCAGUCGUAGGUGUAGCUCCUCUACUUAUGGGUAUUGGCCCUUGGGCUGCUAUUCCUAAAGUCUUUGAGAAGACCGGUAUCAAUAAAGACGACGUCGAUAUCUUUGAGAUUAAUGAGGCAUUCGCAAGUCAAUGUGUUUGGUGCGCGAAUGAGCUUGGCCUUGAUCAGAAGAAGAUCAAUCCAAAGGGUGGUGCGAUUGCUUUUGGACAUCCUCUUGGUUGCACAGGAGCAAGACAAGUUAGUACAUUGUUGUUUGAAUUGAGAAGGACGAAACAGAAGGUUGGUGUGACUAGUAUGUGUGUGGGUACUGGUAUGGGUAUGGCUGCUGUAUGGGUCGCUGAGUAG